AGUCUGUCAACGUUGAAAGUGUUUUAUCGUGUAGCCAAAUAGCAAAGUGCAUGAAUUGCUACCCACGCAAUCGCAAAAUCAUAACAUUAUGAGUUUCACAAUUGGAGGAACGGCCAGCAGCUGCUUGGCGGCGCUGGGUGAAAUGGAACAAAUUAUUUGCCAGCUGGAACGCGGCACACUGAUUCAAAAGUUUUAUCCCCGCAAGCGCCCGGAAAAGAAGACCCUCAUGCUGCGCCGUGAAACGCGUCAGAUCAUAUGGUCCCCGGUACAGACCAAUGGCCGGAGCAACUACGAAGGAUCUCUAGAGCUGCGCGAGGUAAAGGAAGUUCGACCUGGUAAAAAAUCGAAGGAUUUUGAAAAAUGGCCCGAAGAAGCGAAGAAAAGUGAACCACGGAAAUGUUUCGUGAUUUUGCACGGGAACGAUUUUAAAUUGCGCACCGUGUCUAUCGUAGCUUUCUCCGAAAAAGAGGCCGACAUGUGGCUGAAAGGACUGAAGUAUCUGAUCUCGGACACGAUAACAUCCCCGUACUGGUUGCAGAUCGAGCGCUGGCUGCGACGGGAGUUCUAUCUGAUGGAAGCCAACGGCACCGCUAGUCUGAAGGACAUUCGGUCCUUCCUGCCGAAGAUAAAUUGUAAAGUAUCCACCGCCAAGCUGAAUGAGGUGUUCCACGAUGUAGACACGCGGCGUAGGAAUGAGCUCGGUUUCGACGACUUUACCCGAUUGUAUCAGCGCUUGGUGCUGCCACCAAGCGCGCUGCCAGAGUACUUCGAUGGCAUACGUAUGGCGACAUACAGUCAGAAUGGUCAAACGGUUACGCUGCAAGAGUUUCGAAAGUUUUUGACCAAAGAGCAGAACGAGGAAGAGGGUAGCGGUGGCCACAGUGAGGAAACCGUGGCCAAAUUUAUCAACGAUUACAUCCAAGACCCGGCGCGUGACGUUAGCGAACCGUAUCUGCGUUUACAUGAGUUUAUAGAUUUUCUAUUUUCGCGUCAAAAUGAAAUCUGGGACCGACGCUGUGACACGGUGUACCAGGAUAUGACGCGCCCGCUGGCACACUACUGGAUAUCGUCGUCCCACAACACCUACCUGACCGGUGAUCAGUUUUCCAGCGAGUCCUCGGUCGAAGCGUACGCCAGGGCCCUCCGUAUGGGCUGCCGGUGUAUCGAACUCGACUGUUGGGAUGGGCCGGACAAUAUGCCGCUGAUUUUCCAUGGGCAUACAUUCACGACACGCAUCAAGUUCAUGGACGUGAUCCGCACGAUCAAAGAACACGCGUUCAUUACGUCCGAGUACCCGCUCAUUCUGUCGAUCGAGCAGAACUGUUCGCUCACGCAACAGCGCCGGAUGGCGCAAUCGAUGCAGGAGGUGUUCGGUGAGAUGCUGCUCACCCAACCGAUCGAUAAGGCCGAGACCCAGCUACCGUCGCCCCAGCAGCUGAAGCGUAAGAUUAUACUGAAGCACAAAAAGCUACCCGAGAACGGCAUCAUGGUGGUGGACGAGGCGGGCAAGGAAUCGGCCAUUCUGAUGCGCGCAAAUGACGAGAGCGAGCUGGACAUUCGGAAUACCGUCAAGAAUGGUAUCCUGUACCUGGAGGAUCCGGUCGACAAGGGUUGGAAUGCGCACUUUUUCGUGCUCACGCAGCAUAAGCUCUUCUAUACCGACAGUCAACGACCCGACCGCGAUAGCGAUCUAAGGGAUGACGAACGGGAGGAAAACGGCUUCGCCAAUCGAUCGCGCGACGGUACGCUGGUUUCAAAUGACGAGCUACACUUUGGCGAAAACUGGUUCCACGGCAAGCUUUCCGGGGGUCGCGAGGAAGCUGAAAAGCUGCUGCAGCAGUUCUCGCACCUGGGCGAUGGAACGUUUCUGGUGCGCGAAAGCGUCACCUUUGUCGGGGACUAUUGUUUGUCGUUCUGGAGGCAGGGUAAACCGAACCACUGCCGCAUCAAGCUCAAGCAGGACAAGGGUGUCACGAAGUACUACCUGAUGGAGAACGUGCUGUUCGACAGUCUGUACAGUUUGAUCAUGUACUACCGACAGAAUGCGCUCCGGAGUGCGGAAUUUUACAUCACACUGAAGGAACCCGUUCCGCAACCGAACAAGCACGAAACGAAGGAAUGGUACCAUCACACGACGACCCGCGAGCAGUCCGAAAUCGUGCUCAACCAGGUCCCGCAGGAUGGGGCCUUCCUGGUGCGCCCGAGCGAGAAAGGACCAAAAGCCUUCGUUAUCUCGUUUCGGUCCCACGGUAAAUUCAUCCACUGUCGCAUCCGGGUGGAGGGUCGCUUGUACGAGAUGGGUGGGAUGGAGUUUGAGAGUCUGGUCGAUUUGGUAAACUUUUACUCCAAACAUCCCCUGUACCGCAAAGUAACGCUGAGCUAUCCGAUUCCGCGGGAAAUGAUUCGCCGGAUCAACACGAUGGAUGUACCCGAGGACAGUGGAGCCUACGGAUACAUGGACCCGGCGAUGGUCGCCAAUGAAAACGUGACGGUCAAGGCGCUGUACGACUACAAAGCGCAGCGGGAUGACGAACUGUCGUUCUGCAAGCACGCCAUCAUAAGCAAUGUGGUGAAGAAGGGCACCGACUGGUGGCUGGGGGAUUACGGUGGCAAACGGCAGCACUACUUCCCGGCCAACUACGUGCAGGAGCUUAGCGCGACGGACGACGGUACGCUGGUCGAUGAAGGUGCCAACGAACCAUUGAUGUUGGGCAGUUUGCAGAAAGGUUCACUGGAUGUGCAUGGCGCCGUGGUGGAGGUGGCCUACAGCAACCAUCCGGACAUCGAGCGGAUACUGCGCAUCCAAAACCCGACGAUGCAGAACGUGUUCGAGGUGGGCGUCCAGACGAAGGAGCUCGCGUACGAGUGGAUGCUCGCCAUCAAGGAAGCGGCCCAGAACGCGAGCGCCAUGGAGAACGAGCGGCGCAAAAUGGAGCGCAAUUCGCGCGUCGCCAAGGAAAUGUCCGAUCUCAUCAUCUACUGCCGGAGCGUGCCGUUCAAGCACCAUCCGGCGUCGUGGGUGUUCUACGAGAUGUCCAGCUUCCCGGAGACGAAGGCUGAGAAGUAUUUCCUGCAGCCGGAGACACGCUUGCUGUUCGUGCGCUUCCAUCGGAACCACCUGAGCCGGGUUUACCCGAAGGGGCAGCGGUUGGAUUCGUCCAACUACCAUCCGACGGCCCUGUGGAACUGCGGCUCGCAGAUGAUUGCGCUCAACUUCCAAACGCCCGACAAACCGAUGCAGCUAAAUCAGGCCAAGUUUCGGGACAACGGUGGCUGCGGGUUUCUGCUGAAGCCGGACUUUAUGUUCCGCGACGAGUUCGACCCGACCGACCCGAACACGCUCGUCGGUGUGGGCGAGGUGAUUGUGAACGUGCGCAUCAUCGGCGGGCGCAACCUGUGCAAGGUCAGCCGCAACAUUACCAGCCCCCUGGUCGAGGUGGAGGUGCUCGGUGCGUCCUUCGACAGUGGCAUCAAACAUCGCACCAGAGCGAUCGCGGACAAUGGUUUGAAUCCGAUUUGGAACGAAAUAUGCGAGUUCCGGAUAGCGAACCCGCACUUCGCCAUGAUCCGCUUCGAGGUGCAGGACGAGGAUAUGUUCGGUGAGCCAAACUUUAUCGGCCAGGCCGUGUUUCCGCUCGGUGCCAUUCGCACCGGGUACCGCAGUGUCCCGCUGCGGAACAAGUACAGCGAGGAGCUGGAGCUGGCCACCCUGCUGGUGCACACGAGCAUUCGCCCACUUCAGACGGAAUAACGUAGCUUUCGCCCGGAGGAAGGCACUGUAGGAGGGGGGGGCCUAUCAUGACAACCAGUGGGAAGCAAUUAGUAGGCCUUAGGAUACACUUACGCAAGCUGAGAAGAUUGAUGGUUCGAGUCUCUCUUACCACAAGUGUCUUAAUGCGUAGGAUGUUGCCUUUUUUUUACCCAGACAGAACAGUAUUUAACAAAAUUUAAACGAAAAACUAUUUAGGAUGAUUUAUGUGUACAAUACGCGCAACGCGUACCAAUCUAAUGUGCCUCUAUAUAUAUAUUUGAACAUAAAUAUGAUUAUACACACCUAUAUACAUAUACAACAUGGGGUGUAAACGGAACACAGAUUUAUGUGGUGAGCAAAGUUGAAAAAAAAAACGGUAAGCGGGUAGCACACGGUUGGAGUUGUCUUUACCUUUUUUUUGUUUUACAUCGUGCACACGCAAUUGGUGUGCCCAAAAAUACGGGCAAGCACGCACAAGAAGAAGUUUGCAACGUAUCAAAUAAAAACAACGCGAGUGAUAGAAUUAUUCGGUGUUGAAACAUUAGACGAAUAAAACACAUGGGAAGCAGUUGUCAGCCAUAGAGCGCGUUAUUUGGCAUGGAUUAAAAAAAUGAAAGCAAUAAACCUAUUCUGGAUUCGAGUGGAUACAGUGCAAUGUGAA